GGCCGGUAGAAAAAUACAGUAUGUAAAGCCUGUUGGGAGGGAGCGUCUCUAACCACCCACCACCCACUUCUGACGUUCUUCCCGCCCUUUCUUCAAUUUCAAACUUCAAAACUGCAAAAUCCUCCUUUAAUUCAGAGAGAGAGAGAUAGAUAGAAAUUGCUUUCAUUUUUCUGUUCAAAAAAGCUUUCAGAAAUCACAACUGAAAUUCUGAAACUAAUCCAUACCCUGCAAUGGAAAUUCAGGCCACCCCUUUUCCAGGAAAAACACAGCCCUUGAAAUCGAAAACAAACAAGAAAACCCUCCAAGCACCAAAAGGGAGUGCCAAAGAACCGCCAAUUCAAAGUCAAAAGCGAGUAUUCGGCACAACUCGAAACCAAAACAUUCCUAUCAAAGCAGUAAGCAACACCAAUGUUUUAAAAACCAGACCGGACCGACUCGCGAAGCCUCUCAAGAAAAACCCAUCAAUUCAGGUCUCCCCAAAACCACCCGAACAAACCCGAUCCACUCCUGUUGAGAAGAAAUCCCCUGAGGAAAACAGAGCAAAGGUGAGUAAAAAGAAGAAGAGUGUGGGGUUUGAAGAACAAAUUGGGAAAGGCAGUGGAGUGGUUUUGGCGGAGGGAGACGGGAAAGGGCCGCCUCGGACGCCGGUGGUGGGUUCGCCGUCUUUGAACAAGCCGAAAAGGGUAUCGGGUAGCACGCCGUACCAGAGUGCAGAGAGGUGCAGCAAGUGCCGGUUCGAUAGGCUCGAGACCUCGGCUUACUGGCUGGGUCAGAUCAAGGUGGCCGAGUCUGUGGGGAAGCAUUUUGUUUCGGCUGCUUUCUUCCGGCUUGCCCUCGAAUCGAAGGCCGAGCCCAUUCGGAGCCUUCGGGCUGAGCUUAAGCGGUACGUGGCACGACACGAGUACUUAUCUGAAGAGGCUGAGUGGCGAGAUGUUUCUAUUAGCUAUGGGCUGAUCCAAACAGAAGCCGAUGCCAACAGCGGCAGCAGCAGCACUCUUGAUCAAGCACGGAAUGACGCGAAGGAGGAACGAGCGAUCACUCUUGAUGAAGCACAGACCGACGUGAAGGGGGAACAAGCGACGGAGCCACCGGAAACUUAAAGAAAAUCAGACCCGUUUUCUGUCAAAAAUAUCUCAAACAAUGAACCCAUGUGUGUGUGAGGAAAGUCUAGAAAUGUUAAAAGUGUGAUGAAAUGUUUGUUGAAUAAUUUUUUUGUUUAUGUUGUGUGGGCCAUUUUCAUUUUCAGGGUUUUGAUUGACUGGGUGUUUCGUCAUGUUUGUGUUUGUAUGAAUUCAAGUUUUAUGUGGAGAAUUCAAAGGUUUUUUCGAAGA